AUGGAGGUUUAUAAACAAGAAAUAUUCAAUUCCAUUUAUCAAAUAUUAAAUGAGAAUCAUUUGAUUAUUAAUGAUAAUCAAACGGAUGAAAAAAAGAAAAAAGCUUAUGAAGCAUUUAAAUCAGUUUUUGACGAUAUGGAAUUAUCUAUAUCGAUCAAUAAUGACAUUGAUAAAUGUAUCAACAACGUUUUAUCUGCAUUGGAUAUUCAUGAUUCAAUAAAAAAAAAAUUUAAAGAUAUUUAUGAUUUAAUAUUAAAGGAAAUAGAUAAAUUAAAAUUUUCUGUUGGUUUAUUUUCACAUCAUAUGAAACAACAACAAAUAAAACUUGAUGAAUUUAAAACUAUUAAUGAACAACAAGUUAAACAAUUACAAGACUUUGCAACUACAAAUGCAGAACAACUAAAAGUAUUGCAAGAUCUUCAAAAUUUAAAUCAAGAUCAAGAAAAAAGUUUACAGGAUUUUAAAGAUCAAAAUACAUCACAACAGUCAAAAAUUGAUGGUUUAGUUAAAAGAGUCGGUUCAUUAGAAUUAAGUUCAUCUAUUAAUAAUAUAACGAUGGAAGCUUAUGAAGUAUUACGUCUUUUUCAAUUUUAUUAUGUCGAUGACGCAAUAUAUGAAUGGUGUAUACGUGAGAGGGGAUUACUUGAAUCAUUAAAACUUGAUCAAAAAGAUGUAUUCAGUGAUUCAGUACAAGAACAUCCAUCAAUUGUUAAAUUAGUAGCACCAAUUGAAAAAGAAUUAGAAAGUUUAAUUCAUGCACCAUUCAAACUAAUCAAUAUACGUAAAAUAUCUCAUGAACGACAUAGUUUAGCACAUGUUAAAAUGGAAUCUACUGAUGAACAACAAUCAUUUAUAAGACACAUGCAAAAUGAAAUGUAUCCUGAAGAAUAUACACAUACGCUGAUUAUAAAACAAAUAGUUAAUUGGUUAUCGGUACGUGAUGUCAGUAAACGUCGACAUUUUGAAAACAAAACCAAAAAAAAGCCUUAG